AUGGAUAAAGAAGCAGAUUUUUCUUCACAACUUAAACACGCGCGCAUAUACACGCAAAAACACACACACGCACGAAACAUCGACAUGUUCGCAACGACACCUUCCGUUUCUUGUGCUUUCACCGCUCGAGACUCGAGAAGAGCUUCUUCGCAGUCCGCUGCUUCCUCUCGGUGUUCCUCUUCCUCUUGUUCCCGAAGCGGCUGCGGAUUUCCACUUCUGAAAGUCUUUUCCUUUGAAGGUGCGCGAGGGAUAAGGAGCGAUAGAGGGAGUAUUACGAGCAUCAAAAGAGAAGGAGGAGCACAUCACCACUCGUUCUCGCGACGACGUGAAAAGAAGAGCAUCAGUAUCAGUAAACGACGACGACAAAGAGAAAAUGGGUUGCUGUUUUGCCCCAAAGCAGAAGCAGAUAAAGAAGGCGAGAAAGAGCAACCGAAACGUUUAUCGAAGAAAGAAGCGGAGGAAGCCGCACGAGCCGCGCUGAUGGGUGCCAUCGGGAACAAGAAAGAUAAACUGAAAGCGUUCGAUAACGGAGGGAGAGGCGGCGGUUUUUUCAAUUUCGGCGGCGGCGGCGGCGGCGGCGGCGGCUCCGGCGACGGCUCGAAUAAAGGGACUUUGCAAGUCCUCUUCCUCCUCUUUUGCGUCGUGUUUGUCUUUUACGGGUUGAAACCUGUGAGCGCGAUGUUCGUGAACUUGAUUUAUUACGCGUUUAAGAUUCCAACCGGGCGACCAGGCGACGAAGAACCGGAGGAUGCGUUGAGUUACGCAUCCGGGAAAGCAGGGCAGAGCGCGGAUGCUGACGUGAUCAGUAAAUACGGAGGAGACGACGACGACGACGACGACGACGACGACGACGAAUAA